AUGACUGAUAUUGGAAUAAUACCAGUUUUACCUGCAUUUACUGAUUUUAUGCCUCAAACAGCACCAAAACGUUUUCCUUCAGCAAAAUUUUAUUAUUCAUCAAAUUGGGCUGGUUUUGGUUGUAAUGAAUCUUGUUUACCAUAUCUUGAUCCUACUGAUCCAUUUUUUCAAACAGUUGGCGUUCAAUUAUUAACCGAAACAAUCAAUUCACUCAAUUUAACUUCACAUUAUUAUGCUUGUGAUUUAUGCAAUGAAAUGGAUCCACCAUUUAGUGAACUUGAUUAUUUGGCUGAUGUUAAUGCAGGUAUUAUUCGAGUUAUGCAAACAGUUGAUCCAAAUGCUGUUUUGUAUAAUUGUUUUUAUUAA